AUGACAAUCUCUGUGAUGAAAAAGUGUCAUCAUAUAUCACACUCUUCUCUUGCUAUCAUUUCUGUCAAAUUCUAAGCUUUUCUUGGUUGUUGCUAACCAUACCCUCUUCUUCAUCUUUAUCAUUUAUACACUCAUCACUCUUUAAAACUUGACACUUUAUUUUUUAUUUUAAGCUUUUCAUCUAUGGCUAGUGAAGCUGCUCUAGCAGAUCAUCCUGUUGUACCUGAGCAAGUAAAGGAGGAAGUGCAUGAAGAGGCAAAUACAAGUGAGGAAGUAGAGAAGCCAAAACCCGAGAACUUGUCUCCUGCUGCUGCAAUGCCUUUGCCUGAAUCUGAAGAUAAGAUCGAGGCUCAGCCAAUUGAAACUCCGACAGUUGAGGCGUUGGGGGAAACAGUUGAGAAAGAUAUUCCGAAAACAGAGAUAGUGGUUACUCCAGUAGUACCUGAAGCUGAAGACAGAGUCGACGAGAACAGGAAAACUGAGCAUGCUGUGGUUGUAGAAGAAAAAAAUACAGUUAAUGAAGAAAAGCCGAUAGCAGCAGUAGUGCCAACAUCUGAGGAAACGCCAAAAUAUGAGGUCUUGUCUAGUCUACCAGUUGUUUCGGCUGAAUCAGAAGAAAAGGUUGAGGUUAAACCCCCUGGAACUGAUGUACAGCAAGCUAUUGAGGAAGUCCAGCUUUCAGCAGCUGAGGUAGUUCCUUCUGCUGAACCAGAAACGGUUGAAGACAAGAAUGUUGAGCCUCCUGUAGUUGACGAAGUGAAGAUUGCAGAUGAACCCCUUGUGGAAGAGAAACUCUUAAGUGAUACUCCUGUUGCUAAAGAAGCAGAUAUUGCUGCUAAACCUGUAGUGGAAGCGAAUAUUGUGAUUGAACCUCCUGUGGAAGGAAAGCAGCCUCAGACUCCUGUAGCUGAAGAAGUGAAGAUCGCAGAUGAGCCCCUUGUGGAAGAGAAAAUAACUAGUGAUACUCAUAAUGUUGAAGAAGCACAGAUUGCUGCUGAACCUCCUGUAGUAGAAGAGAAUCUCAUGACUGAAUCUCCACAAGAAGUAAAGCUUGUUGAAACGCCAGUUAUUGAAGAAGUUAAGAUUGCAGAUGAGCCCCUUGUGGAAGAGAAAACUGCAAGUGAUACUCACGUUGAAGGACCAGAGAUUGCUGCUGAACCUCCUGUAGUAGAAGUGAAUCUCAUGACUGAAUCUCCAGAAGAAGUAAAGCUUCUUCAAACGCCUGUUAUUGAAGAAGUUAAGAUUGCAGAUGAGCCCCUUGUGGAAGAGAAAAAUGCAACUGAUACUCAUGUUGAAGAACCAGAGAUUGCUGCUGAACCUCCUACAGUAGAAGAAAAUAUCAUGAUUGAACCUCCAUCAGGAGUACAGCUUCUUCAAACUCCUGUACCUGAAGAAGUGAAGAUCGCAGAUGAGCCCCUUGUGGAAGAGAAAAUCACAAGUGAUACUAGUGUUGUUGAAGAACCAAAGAUUGCUUCUGAAUCUAUUGUAGUAGAAAAUAAUAUCGUGACUGAACCUCCUGCGGAAGUAAAGCUUCUUCAAACUCCUGUAGUUGAAGAUGUGAAGAUCGCGGAUGAGCCCCUUGUCGAAGAAAAAAUUGCAAGUGAUACUCAUGUUGUUGAAGAACCAGAGAUUGCCGCUGAACCUCCUGGAGUAGAAGAGAACAUUGUGAUUCAACCUCCAGCAGAAGUAAAACUUCUUCAAACUCCUGCAGUUGAAGUAAAGAUCGCAGAUGAGCACAUUGUCAAAGAGAAAAUUGCAAAUGAUGCUCAUGUUGUUGAAGAACCAGAGAUUGCUGCUGAACCUCCUGUAGUAGAAGAAAAUGUGGUGAUUGAACAUCCAGCGGAAGUAAAGCUUCUUCAAACUCCUGUAGUUAAAGAAGAGAAGAUCGCAGAUGAGCCCAUUGUCGAAGAGAAAAUCGCAAAUGAUACUCCUGUUGUUGAAGAACGAGAGCUUGCUGCUGAACCUUCUGUAGUAGAAGAGAAUAUUGUCAUUGAACCUCCAGCAGAAGUAAAGCUUCUUCAACCUCCUGUAGUUGAAGAAGUAAAGAUCAACGAUGAGCCCCUUGUGGAGGAGAAAAGUGCAAGUGAUUCUCAUGUUGUUAAAGAAGAAAAGAAUGCUGCUGAACCUCCUGUACCAGAAGAGAAUAUCGUGAUUGAACCUCCCGUGGAAGUAAAACUUCUUCAAACUCCUGCAGUUGAAGAAAUGAAGGACACAAUGGAGCAACUUGUAGCGGAAGAGGAAGUCGCAACUGAGAAUCCUGUUUUUGAAGAAGAAAAGAUCACUACAAAAGACCCUCUACUAGAUGGGAAGACCGUAACUGAGCCCUCUGCAGUAGAAGAGAAGAUAGUUGAGAUUCCUGGAGUCGAAGAAAACAAUACUGAUAAUCCUAUUGUUGAAGAAGUAAAUAAGACAACUGAGAGUCCUUCAGUCAUAGAAGAGGAAUGCAUCACUGUGCCUACCCUAGCUGAAGAAGUAAAGAACGUCACUGAGCCUGCUGUAGUUGAAGAAAUGAAGCAGACUCCCGUAUUUGAAGAAGUGAAAAACGUUGAUGAUAUGCCGGAUGUCACGGAGCCAGAAGCAAAGAAAGUUGAAAGCUAUUUUGUGACAGAGGCUUCUGAGUUGCCAGUACAGGAGCAAAAGGCGGAGUCGGUUGAGGAAAAGCUAAUCGAGAAGCCAAAAGCAGAAGGCAUUCCAGAAUCAUCACUAGAGCCUGUUGACAAAAAGGAGGAAGCAGUAGAUUUUCCUGUAAAAGAAUCAGAACCAGCUUUGGCAAAAGAUGUAGGAAUUCUGGAACCGCUUUCUAUUAAGGACGAUGCUGUAGAAUCAUUAACUGAUGUGCUAGAGAAACCACAGGAAUAUGUAGCAGUUGAAACUAAGGAAUGUGUCCAUGGUUCAGCUGAUAAAGUUGAGGACGUCAAGUUUUCAAAGGAAGAAGAAUUCAAUGGAAAAACUCCUCUCGAAACCACAAGUUCAGUUGAAGCUACAUUGCCAACCAAGGAGGGUCAAGCUGAUGCAGAAGAGACAAUUUUAGGUGGCGAAGCUGAUCUAGUUGAAGAGUUACCAAAAGAGAAAGCUGUUACAUCAAUGAAGGUUGAAAAAGAAACUGAAGCCAAAGAUGUGAAUACUGACUCAGCUCAGCCUGAGACAAAAGAAACCGAGGAAGUUGUUAAAUCCAUCUCAACCCCUGCAGCUGCUGAAAACAUUUUGGAAGCAGUAAUUACUUCUAAAGAUGCAAAAUUGGUUGUUGAAAAUGAGAAAGAAGACAAGAAGAGCGAGCUUGUUUCUCCAGUUGAAACCUAUCGUAAUGGAACAGUGGCAGAUAAAACAUCAGAGCAACCUGAUGAGACUAAACAAGAGAAGCCUGAGGUGAAAGUGAAAGAAGAUGACACUGUUCCAACAGAUGAUACAAAAGAACUUGAUGAUAAAUUAACAUCGCAAGAUCUUCCCAAGGAAGUGGUUACAAUAAAAUCCACCCAAAAGCAAUCAAAUACCAUCUUAUCAAAGGUGAAAAACACCCUUGUUAAGGCAAAGAAGGCCAUCACCGGAAAGUCUAGCAACACGAAAACGCCUCCUUCUGAACCUAAAGGUGAGAUCAGAGUUUGAGAUAUUUAAGGAGUACACCAUUAUGGCAUGAUUAUUUUUUGUGUGCUGAUAAGUUUGCAGUUUGUUUUUCAUUAUUGGUUUUGAUAUGGGUGUCCUGAGUGUUGAUAGAAAGUAUACAUAGCAUAAUGUUGAUAACAUUAGUAGCUUGUCAAAUAGGAAGACUUGUAUAUUGUCCAGCCUAUUAGUUUGAGUUGUAUUAUUUUGUGUAUGUAUUGUUGCCUGUUGGCAUCAUAGUGAUUUGGUAUAAAGCUUGAAGGUUAAUGUAUAAAGUUAAUUAUAGUUGUUA